UCCUAUCCCGAGAAGAACGCUAUCCGGGAUACGCAUAUUCAGAUUUGUAACGGAUAAGCAAUUCCAAAUCUUACUAGACUUCGCGAUUCACAGUGUCACCCAGCAAGGUCUUGCAAUGGAAGCUCUGGGACUUCCCUCUCUCAAUUCUCUUACCAUUUCAUGCUCUAAUUUUCAAGUACAAAGUGUCUUCAAAACUUCUAAAAGAGCACAGCAUUGCAGUUCUUCAGAGCUAUCUUCUCUGAAACUCGGACCCUUUUAUUACAGUUCUUCAGACCUAUCUUCUCCGAAACUCAGACCCUCGUGCAGAACCCACCUUUUGCAUUGCAGUACCACUCGAAUGCUAGCUGACAGUGAAGAUUAUGAAUUGAAGCAAAUGAGAGAUAUGGCUGCUGCCAGGAAGAGAUGGGAAGCUCUGGUCAGGGAAGAAAAGGUAAAAGUUCUUACGCCAAGGGAAGCUGGGUAUGCAAUUCAGCUAUCUAACAAAACCCUACUUGAUGUUCGCCCCUCUACUGAACGUAAUAAGCUUUCCACUGUUUUGAAGGCGUGGGUUAAAGGCUCAACCUGGAUUCCUAUCUUUGAUGUUGAUACCAAGUUUGACGUUGGAGCUCUGCCCAGAAAGAUCACUAAUUUCACGAUGGGAGGUUGGUGGAGUGGUGUGCCUACAUUGUCUUACAAUAACCAGUUCUUAUCAAAAGUUGCGGAGAAUUAUACAAAAGAUACAGACCUAAUUGUUGCAUGCCAGAAGGGGUUGAGAUCUCUAGCUGCUUGUGAGCUACUGUAUAAUGCUGGCUACACAAACCUUUUCUGGGUGCAAGGGGGUCUGGAGGCUGCUGAAGAAGAGGAUCUUGUCACAGAAGGUCCUCAACCUCUUAAAUUUGCUGGAAUUGGUGGGGUUUCAGAGUUUCUUGGUUUUACGGAUCAACAAAGAGAUGCAGCUUCAAGAGAAGGUUGGGGUUACCGAUUAGUGUUCUCUGCGCGCCUGGUGGGGGUCUUUCUUGUUGCUGAUGCCUUGUUUAUUGGUGCCCAGCAAUUAGGCCAUUAUCUUCAGGAAAUAAGGUCUCACUGAGGUUCAGAAGCUGGGCUUGAAUGUAUUGAUUCAAAUAUUUGCGAAAACGUUUUGUUCUGGAGCGGUAUAUGAAGAUGAGAUUUGCCAACGGUCACAAUUUUUUCUUACCCGAGUACUUUGAGAAGCCAAUUGCAUACAUGCUUUUUGAUGGUGAAUUACCCCAUCUUACACCUUUCAUUAUUUUGAGGUGUGUUAUGUUUGAGCUUUUUUUCUACCACAUGGUGUUGCGGAACUAUUCAAGGAGUGAUUGACUUCUUAAUUUUGUUAAAAUCUGUGUUGUUGUGAUGUAUAUCUUGUGUAGGUUCAAUCGCCUAAGAAUCACCCUUGUUUACAUAGUUUACUUUGCUGGCAACUUAGAAACUUCUUGUCCAGUAGUCUAUAGUUUACUCAUACAUUUAUUUCUGUGCCAUCAGUCGAAGAUGAGGGUGAAGAGAUUAUCAAUGAUGAGUUUAAUAUCAUUAGGAUAAUCAAAUGUUGACACUUUUCAUUGUAAUAUAAAUGAGCCGAGUAAGAUUUUUUUUAA